AAUAUGACCCCACGAAAAAUAAAGAGAGGAAAAAGAGGAAUCUAACUUUCCUUUUGGGCAGAAAGAAGACGACUUCGUUAUGGUCUUUCAACACCUAAUUAUUGCAGCAAAUUGAAGAGAUCCAAAGCAGUCCAGAUCUGUGGAUUUUAAUGAUCUAUGGAAACAAGUCCCUUCAUCUUCAUCAUCAUCUGAAAACUCCAACGCAGCUUAAUUAUUCCAUCGUUCAGUCUGGAUUUGUUGUUCAUAAGUGCAAACAAGUGCCCUCAUGACCUGAUUGACUCCCAUGAAACAGCUUCUUGCUACAGAUCAUGUCCAAUAUUCGUGCAAGUUCAAGUCUUGAAACGUAGGAUUGCAAGUUGUGACUAUUUCUGAGCCCCAACAGAUCAAGCUUCCAACUUUCCAAGAAACUAGUUUUUGACUGUUACUCUUCCCGAACGGAGUCAGAUUUAACUUCCAAUUUGUGCACCUCAAUAUUGCUCAAGGACGGUUCGUUCACUAUUUCUUCGACUGCUUGGAGUUCUCUUCGCUCUUAACAUGGCACUCGGAGAGGUUUUUCUUGCGGCGUUUCUACAGUUGCUGCUCGACAGGUUGACUCGUCGCGAGGUUCUCAACUAUUUUGGAAACUUCCGGGGCGUUGGAAAGAAGCUGGACAAGUGGAGGGCCACGUUAUCUACAAUCGCAGCGGUGCUGAGUGACGCCGAGGAAAGACAACUGACUGACCAUCUUGUAAAACUGUGGCUCGAUGAUCUCAGAGACCUGGCUUAUGAUGUCGAAGACAUGUUGGACAAAUUUGCCACUCAAAUGUUGAAGCGUAUGAUAGAGGGACAUGUCAGCGCGAGCAACAAGGUGCGGAACUCACUUUUCAAAAUUAAAUUCAAUUGGGAUAUGAACUCCGAAAUGAAGAAGAUUACGGAGCGGUUGCAAGACAUAUCUGCACGGAAAGUUGAGUUUGGUUUGAAAGAUACUGGGACAUCUGCUAAGGAAUCGCGAAGUCUACCAAGUUCAGACGUGUUAGAUGAAAAGCUUCUUGUUGGAAGAGAUGGUGACAAAGGGAAAAUUAUUGAAUUGUUGUCAAGCAAAUACGAGCAUGCAGGUGCUGUCAAUUUUGGUGUAGUUGCUAUAGUUGGCAUGGCUGGAGUUGGGAAGACGACAGUUGCUCAACUUGUAUUCAACAACAAAGGUGAUGGCAUGAAGGAUUUUGAGCUCAAGAUCUGGGUAUCUGUGUCCGAUGACUUUGAUGUGGUGCGAGUGACAAAGGCAAUUCUUGAAUCAAUCACAUCCCGACCCGUUAAAGUGGAGGAGUUUAGUAAAAUGCAGCAUGAUUUGAGUGGGCAAUUAAGAGGAAAAAAGUUUUUAAUUGUUUUAGAUGAUAUCUGGGACAAAGAUGACUAUGAUCUAUACGAUCUCUGGACAAGACUUAAAUCCCCUUUUGGCGUCGGAGCAGGAGGAAGCAAGAUAAUUGUGACAACCCGUGACAGGAAUGUUGCAAAGAUUACGGGAGCCGCUGGAGUUCAUAAUUUGGAGUGUAUGGCAGAUGAUGAUUGUAUGGAAAUAUUUGAGCGACACGCGUUCGGGGAAAUUAAUAACGGAAAACCAGUAAAUUAUGAGGUAAUUCGGACGAAAAUUGUUGGAAAAUGUUGUGGAUUACCAUUAGCUGCAAGAACUCUCGGUGGUCUUUUACGUCGCCAAGAAAAAGAAGAGUGGGGAGAAAUAUUGGACAACAAAUUAUGGAAUCUAGCAGAUAAGAGUGGCCUUCUUCCUGUACUAAAGUUGAGCUAUCACUAUCUUCCAUCACAUUUGAAGAGGUGUUUUGCCUAUUGCUCAAUACUUCCAAAUGACUAUGAAUUUGGGGAGAAGCAGCUCGUCCUUUUGUGGAUGGCAGAGGGUUUGAUUCAACAAAAACAUGACGACAAUAAACAAAUGGAGGAUUUGGGCCGCGACUACUUUCGAGAGCUAUUAGCAAGGUCGCUGUUUCAAGAAUCAAGCAAAAACAAUUCACGAUAUGUAAUGCAUGACCUCGUUAAUGAUUUAGCACGAUGGGCAGCAGGUGAAAUAUGUUUUAGAUUGGAAGAUAAGCAAGGUGAUAACUUGCAAAGCACUUGCUUUCGAAGGGCUCGCCAUUCGUCUUUCAUUGCUGGUCUAUUUGAUGGAGUUAUGAGAUUUGAGGACUUUCCAAAAGCUGAACGUUUGCGAACAUUCCUGCCACUUUCACUCUCAGAUUCCAGUUGGGGCCGUAAUUUGUCUCGUCAGGUUACCUUUGAUUUAUUGCCAAAAUUGCAGUACUUGCGGGUGCUCUCUUUCAAUGGCUACAAAAUAACUGAGCUGCCGAAGUCAAUCGGUGAUUUGAGGUUGUUACAGUAUCUUGACCUAUCCUACACAUUGAUAACCAGUUUGCCCAAAUCAAUAAGCACUCUUUACUACUUGCAAACAUUGAUUUUGGAAGGUUGUCAUGAAUUGAACUCAUUGCAUGCGGACUUGAGCAAUCUAAUUAAGUUGCGCCAUCUCAACAACUCAGGUGCAUAUUCGUUGGAAGGAAUGCCUUUGCAACUAGGUCAAUUGACGAAUCUACAAUCACUGCCUCUUUUUGUGGCGAGCGAAGGUAGUGAUCAGUCAGGGAUAAGAGAGAUAGGGCCCCUAUUGCAUCUCCGAGGGACAUUGUGCCUCUCAAGAUUGGAGAAUGUGACUGAUGUCGAGGAUGCCAGGACGGCCAACUUGAAAUGCAAGGAGAGGCUUGAUUCGUUGGUCCUAGAAUGGUCUCGUUCAAGGGGCACGAGAGAAACAGAAUCCGCUGUGCUUGACAUGUUGCAGCCUCAUACAAAGAUCAAGGAGCUCACCAUCAAGAGGUACGCCGGCAAGGAAUUUUCAUCAUGGGUUGGAGGUUCUUUCUUCUCUAAUAUGGUGCUUGUGCGCUUAGAGGAAUGUAACAAUUGUUUAUCGUUGCCACCUCUCGGACAAUUGCCUCAUCUCAAAGAGCUUUAUAUUAGAGGAAUGAAUGCAGUGGAAAGUGUUGGUCAUGAGUUUUAUGGCGAGUGUGUCUUGGCUUUUCCGCUGUUAGAGAUUCUCGAGUUUGUGGAUAUGCAGCAUUGGAAGGUGUGGCUUCCUUUCCAACUGGAUCACGGAAGUGGUGUUUUCCCUUGCCUGAAAAGGCUUUCAAUCGAAAAAUGUUCCCAUUUGGAAGGUAAGCUGCCAGAGAACCUCGAUUUGUUAGCCGAACUUGAAAUUGUUGAAUGUGAGGAAUUGGCGGUUUCGAUUGCCAACUACAAACAACUUCGUCAAUUAAAUAUUAAGGGUUGUAAAGUAUUCGUGCAUACAGAUGCUAAGGUUGAGUUUGAGUUAUUAGAGUCCUUGUGCCUUUCAAACAUUUCGGAGGUGAUGUCUCUGCAAACAGGGGAAUUGUUGAGGAAGGGAUUAAGCAAGGUUAGAGAUUUGAAGAUUAAUGGAUGUGAGAAGCUGAUGUCGUCAUUGAAGAAUGAGGGUAGAUUAUUGCAGCUGUUGACUUGUCUUGGCCGUUUGGAAAUUGAAGACAACUCUGCCCUAGUUGAAGAAUUGGGAGAAGAAGCAGAGGAGUUGCUGCAAUUGGAAAUAUUGGAAUGCAAGCUUGAAUGUCUGGAGUUUAAAAAGUGCGAAAAUCUUUUGAAGCUACCAAAAGGGUUAAAUCAGCUGUCGUCUCUUCAAGAGCUUCGCAUACACGAAUGUUCACGUUUAGUUUCUUUUCCAGAUGUUGGUCUGCCACCUUCUCUUAAAGACAUCGACAUUAGAGAGUGUCAUUCAUUGAUAUAUUUUGCAAAAUUCCAGAUUCCCCAAAAUCUCAGAAGAAUAAUUAUAGGAAAUUGCAAAAGUUUGAAAUCACUAGUAGAUGAGGAGGAAUGUGAACGACUGGGUUUAAUAGCACCGAACGGGUUCUUCAGCGACAACACCAAUCACUGCCUUGAACGUAUUAUGAUCUGGAAUUGCCAAAAUCUGAAAUCCUUACCGGAUGGCUUAUGCCACCUCAGCAAUCUUCAAACUCUAAUUAUUAGGAACUGUGGAAGUCUUGUUUCCAUCCCGAGACUGAGUGGGGGGAGAAGACCCUCCAACCUGAGAGAGAUGGAGAUCUAUGAAUGCGAGAAAUUGGAGGCGUUGCCCGAAGGUAUGCACAAUCUCAACUCUCUUGAGGAAUUGAGGAUCCACUACCGUGAAGGUUUGACUUUUCCUCCCAACCUCACGUUGCUUGUAAUUUGGAAGGUCAAGAGCUGUAAGUCAUUGUGGGAGUUGGAGUGGGGGUUGCACAGACUCACCUCUCUUGCAUACUUGGAAAUCAAUGGUGAAGACCCGGAUACGGUGUCGUUUCCACCCGACAUGGUACGGACGGAGACGCUUUUCCCCAAAUCUCUCACUAACCUCUCAAUAGAAGGCUUUCCGAAUCUGAAGAAACUGAGCAGCAAGGGCUUUCAAUUCCUCACCUCCCUUCAAUCUCUGCAACUCUGGGAUUGUCCAAAGCUAGCAUCCAUUCCAGAGGAGGGUCUGCCUCCUUCACUAGAGAAACUUGUCAUCCAUAGGUGUCCAGUGCUAAAAGAGAGAUGCCAACCAGGAAAAGGACGCUACUGGCACAAAAUAUCCCACAUCCCUUGCAUAAGGAUAGAUUGGAAGCUGAUUUGAAGCUGAUGGUCCAGGUAUCAUUUUCUCGAGGAAUGUUUUAAUAUUAAUAUUAUUAUUAUUAAUAAUCAUGUUUAUUCUUGUAAAGUAAAGUAAUCCACAAUAUUUCUCGGCCGACGUUUCUUCUCCCGGAUUCCUAUAUUUGCAUUUUUUUUUGGGGGUAAUCGAUUGCUGUGUUUGCUUGGUCCCUUUUAAACUGAUUUGUAUUAUAACUUUAUAAAUGUGCUACUCUUUCUCCUAA